UUCCUGAUUUGGGUUGCUCGAAAUUUCUCGUCUUUUGCUGUUCCCCUCGAGCUUUUCUCUUAUGGCGAACUCGAUCUGUUGGCGCUCGCUCUGUGUUUGAAUCGAAUUUCGUGUUCUCGAGCUGUUUGAUCUUGUGGGUUCGUUGUAAUAAACUCGAAGAUCAAGAGAAACUGUUGAUCUAGUAAAGUUUUCAUGCUGUAACAGUUCUGAUCCUAGCAGUGAUUUCGAUUUUUACUGUCUUGAUGAUCAUCUAGCUCAUGUUUAGAUUCCAUUUUCAGGCAAAAGGGUACCUGAGUUUUGCCCUCUCUCGGUAAUUACCAGAUCUUUUGGCGGAUUCUGUCUUGUUGCUGAUAUUAAUCUGUGUGAGUGAGUUUGGUGGGGGAGGGAGUUUCAUAUGACAGGGAAGCGGACAAAGACCAGUUGCAGAUCCGCUCCUCACAAACUGUUUAAGGAUAAGGCCAAGAAUCGAGUUGAUGAUUUGCAGGGAAUGUUAUUGGAUCUUCAGCUCGCCCGGAAAGAGAGCCGUUCUUCCAAUGUAACCCUCCUCGAGGAGCAGAUUCAUCAGAUGCUUCGUGAAUGGAAGGCCGAACUCAACGAGCCUUCUCCUGCUUCAUCCUUGCAACAAGGCGGCACUCUUGGAUCUUUCUCAUCGGAUAUUUGUCGCCUGCUUCAGCUCUAUGAUGACGAAGACGAUGCUACGAGCAAGUUAGCUGCUCCAAAGCCCGAGCCUCUGGACCCGGGUCUCGAGGUUGGAAAUACCAAUGUUUUCCAGGGGGGAUACGAUCUGGCUCAGGGGAAGUCGGAACACGGGUUUCCGUUGGUUGAUCAUGGAAACGAUUAUGACGGAACAGCUCAGUUGGAAUAUCAUCAGUAUGAUCUGAUGCAACAAGGGUUUGAACAGAACUUCAAUGGCGGUUUCAAUGAUUGUUUAGGGUUGGGUGGAGAGGAUGCAUUGAAUAUCUCUGCUCUCAUGCCGACUUUCUGCCCUCCUCCCUCCGCAUUCUUGGGCCCGAAAUGUGCUCUCUGGGACUGUCCCAGGCCGGCUCUAGGGUUCGACUGGUUCCAUGACUAUUGCAGCAACUUUCACGCCGCUCUGGCCUUCAAUGAAGGUCCACCCGGGAUGAAUCCCGUCGUCCGUCCUGGAGGGAUCGGGUUGAAAGAUGGUCUGCUUUUCUCAGCUCUUAGCGCGAAAGCCGAGGGGAAAGAUGUCGGUAUCCCCGAGUGUGAAGGAGCUGCAACUGCUAAAUCUCCGUGGAAUGCUCCCGAGCUCUUCGAUCUUACGGUUUUGGAGGGUGAGACCAUAAGGGAAUGGCUGUUCUUCGACAAACCGAGGAGGGCAUUCGAGAGCGGAAACCGAAAGCAAAGAUCCUUACCGGAUUACAGCGGGCGUGGCUGGCACGAGUCACGGAAACAGAUCAUGAACGAGUUCGGAGGGCUGAAGAGAUCUUACUACAUGGAUCCGCAGCCACUCCACCAUUUCGAGUGGCAUCUGUACGAGUACGAGAUCAACAAAUGCGAGGCUUGUGCCCUCUACCGUCUGGAACUGAAACUCGUCGACGGGAAGAAGAACUCGAAAGGGAAAGUAUCGAGUGACUCGGUCGUGGCUGAUCUGCAGAGACAGAUGGGAAAGCUCACGGCCGAAUUCCCGUCUGAUAACAACAAACGAUGCAUCAAAAUCCGACCCAAAGGUAACGGGAAAUCACCCGACGGGAAUGGAUAUUCUGCUCGGAACACGACAAACCCGACCGACGACAGCAAGUUCGGGUCUGGAGCAGGUGCGGAGUACAACAGUUACCUGGUCGGGAACUUAGGAGAUUAUUACAUCAACUGACUGGAGAAAACCUCUGGUUGAAUCAGUUGCUUUUACCCAUUUAUCUUGCAGAAGACGAAGAUGAAGCUUGUGUAUAUAUAUAAGGAGGUGAUGUGGCAGCCGCAAAACUAUUCCUGAAGUGUGGGAACUUGUUCUUGUUCUUAGUUCUAACACAAAGCAGGAUGAGACAGAAUGUUAUAAAAGAUAUCACAUUGGAUAACACAUUUUUUUUCGGUUCUUAUUUUUAUGUAUUUUGAUGCAUUUUUGGAUUGUUCGAAUCCAUGAGGGAUGCAGAUUAUGAAAUUAUGUAACCGAGAGAAUAAGUUUUUUUAUUUUAUUUUAUGAA